CACCAGUCUCCAGGAUCCUGGGUGUGUGCAGUCAGUUCAGCUCAGAGACUGAGGGAGAAAACACCAGGAACCUCUCAACGUGAGUCCAGCUGUGCCUGUCAUCUGUCACCUUGUUUGAAAACUUCUACUCUUCCUCCACCGGACGGACCGAGAAUGGGAAACUAUCCGAGCUAGUUUCUGAAGAGGACACACAUUCAGGGGGGAACUGUGCUAGAACUACCAGGUUGAGUCUUCAGUCACACCAGUUACCUCCAGAGAAGUAACAGGAGCACAGCAGAGAUGCAGACCUUUCUGAAAGGCCGGAGAGUCGGCUACUGGCUCAGCGAGAAGAAGAUGAAGAAGCUGAAUUUUCAGGCCUUUGCUGAUUUGUGCAGGAAAAGAGGAAUAGAAGUUGUUCAGCUGGACCUCAGCCAGCCUCUGGAGGAGCAGGGUCCCCUGGAUGUCAUCAUCCACAAACUGACUGACCUCAUCCUGGAGGCUGACCAGAAUGAUUCACAGGCCGUGCUGCUCGUUCAGAGAGUACAGGACUAUAUUGAUGCCCACCCUGAGACCAUCGUGCUGGACCCCCUUCCAGCUAUCCGAACUCUGCUGGACCGCUGCAAGUCCUACCAGCUCAUACACAGGAUAGAGAGGUGUAUGCAAGAUGAGAGGAUUUGCUCUCCUCCAUUCAUGGUCCUGAACACUGAGUGCAGCCCAGAUGUGCUGGAGCAGAUCAGGAGGCAAGGACUCACAUUCCCCUUCAUUUGCAAAACACGGGUGGCUCACGGCACCAACUCCCACGAGAUGGCCAUUAUCUUCAGCGAAGAGGACCUGAAGGACGUGAAGCCUCCGUGCGUGAUCCAGAGCUUCAUCAACCACAACGCAGUGCUCUACAAGGUGUUUGUGGUGGGAGACUCCUACACUGUGGUGGAGAGACCCUCACUGAAGAACUUCCCUGCUGGACCAGCAGACAGGAAAGCCAUUUUCUUCAACAGCCACAAUGUCUCCAAGCCAGAGUCGUCCUCAGACUUGACCUCGAGAGAGAACGUAGAGGGAGUGUCUCAGCCACCCAGUGAUGAUGUCAUCAGAGAGCUGUCCAGGUCCUUGCGGGAGGCGCUGGGCGUGUCCCUGUUUGGCAUCGACGUCAUCAUCAACAACCAAACAGGCCAACAUGCCGUCAUUGACAUCAAUGCAUUCCCUGGUUAUGAGGGCGUCCCCGAGUUUUUCAAUGACCUCCUGAACCACAUCAGCAGCGUGCUUCAGAGCCACAACCCCGACUUUGCCCCCGGCACCGAGCAGCCCAAAGGCCUGCCGGUGAGCACCACGGUACCUAACGCCGUCCCGCCGGCCCCAGGCUGCUGCAGCAUGCUGGGCAAAGAUGCCAGCGGCAGCCCCUGGAUCGUAGAGAGCGACGGAGGCCUGAAGGGCCCACGUCAGAGACUGGGCUGCAACUCGGCCAUGUCCCCCAACUUCCAGCAGCACUGUGUCUCCACGAUAGCCACCAAGGCUUCCUCCCAGUGACUGAUUCCCAGCCCCCGCCCCCCUGACUCCGUUUGAUCCCUGAACAAAAAAAAAAAACGGAUGACAAUGGUGACAAUAAUAAUGAAUAAUAAUCAUAAUAAUUAUGAUGUUAAUGAUGAUAAUAUAUCUAAUCAAAAAACAAACCUUUUCCUAUAUAGUUAUUGAAAAUGAUGGUGAUUGGGUGUAAGCUUUUUUCUCUCUGCCUUUUUGUAUUUUUCGUUUUGUCUAAUGAGACUUAACAGUACUGUAAUGUGAACUUUUGGGAACUUUUUUGCCUAAUAGCUGAUUUUAUUUUUCUCUCUCGUGUGAGUUGUCUGUAAUGAAAGGGUCCAGAUGAGGUAGCUAACGGGAACGGCCGAAUCAGGACUGGAGAAAGAUGUGCCACUAAAUGUGCAAUGUUUGAUCCCUUGAAUCUCACACACACACACGCACACAUACAUACACAGGUACGCUUACAUUGCGACGGACCGUGCCAGUGAUGUGUGUUUUUAUUCUGGUCAAUACCACUGACUCCUCGGCACAAAGUGAGGGAGGGCGGUGGGGAGAAGAGGUGACUGGGCAUUUGAACACUACCCCACAGAUCCUGGGCUGCUAUGUUACUGUGGCCAACCGACGGCAGAGGACACACUGAGUCCGAACAUGAAUGAACGUGAGGUAGUUUUGGGUUAGAUUAUACAAACGGGUAAGCCGUUUACCUUUCAGUGAGUGCCAUCAAAUUCACUUUAAGUGUAGGGAGGACGCCUUCAGAAAACACAAGAUUUUCCAAAGGUUUAAAAAGACGAAAAGUGAAUCUCCAUUAACGCGUGACCAAGUUUUUGUUGUCGUUCUUUUUUUUUUUUUUUUCCCUUUUUAAAUGAUUGUUGUUGCACCAAUGUUUAUAGGUCUUUGAGUGUUUUACUGUACGUCAGAUCCCGGAUGUUGUUGGGUGUUCAACAAACAAACCACACUUGUUUUGAGUCCCAGUUGUGAGUCGCCCCAGUUGCAGGAAGACAAGGAUCACAUUCCUCUUUGUGUUUUGUGGACGUUUUCAGAGAAUUCCAUGAUUUCUUCCGAAUUCCAGUGGGAUCUUGUGAGAUUUCUCACAUCACUUCAUGGUUUUGCAGUCUCCUUAAGCAGACUCUCCACAUGUCUUCAGUGCUAUGUUUUUUUUUUUAUCUGUAAUGUGAGCAAACUACUCACCUGAGGCUUACUUGACCUAUCAGAACGGACUUGGGGCUGCUGUCACUUUUCAUUGAAUUGUUAAUUGGAAAAGUAAUUAUUCCACUAAAAGUAAGUUAAAAUGUGUGUUUGAAUUCUCACCUAAAUUGGGUGUUAUCUUUUUUGCUACCAUCUUUGAAAUAAUUGAGGCAUUUGUUCAGCUUUGUUGUCUCGAUUUGAUUACACUCUAACAGCACUUCUUACAAAAUGCAGUUUAAUGAAUCUCUCAGUCCAGUUGGUUUGUUUGCUUCGAGCUUAAUACUCCGACCCGUCGUCUGUUCCAGCUGCUGUAUUUUGUGUCACGUUAAAAAUCAUUUGGAGGGGAAGUGGUGGGAGGAGGUCCAGCUCUUGUUCCCAGUGUUCACUGUGAGAUUUUUUUUUUUUUUUUUUUUAACUUCAAUUUUGUUAAUAUCGUUUGUCCUUACAUCUACUAAGAGCAACUUUAUUUUAUUGAGAUUUUAUGGGGAAAAAAUGUUUUAUAUAAAUGAAAUGAAAGCACGUGAUGUUUUUGAACAAACAGUGAUCAUUUACUAGAAGAAUAGUAAAAUGCUGGAUCUGGUUGUCAAAGGGACAGAGGAGCUCGUGGUUGAUGCUGUUGUCUCCCUCUAGCAUCUAGUGGGAGCGAGCACCAACCUGCAGCGCAUACAGAUUAUUGCAUUCCCCCCGAGCCUGCUUCUUCUUCUUCUUCUUCUCUUGUCCCAGAGAGCUCCUCCAAGCUGUUUUAUUUCUUUCCCAUCAGCGUCCGAGAGAACCGACCGUCUUCUCGCUUUGUCUUCGGAAAUAAUCGCGUCACUACAGCCAUCUCACCAGCAUCUCUCUGGGACAAAAAGAACACCAGUGGCAUUCUGGAAAUAGAUUUUUCACUAGACACACCAUAUUGUGAGAUAACACAGUUAGUGUCCCGGUUUAAUUCCCCACAAUUUGAGUGUAGACUGAAGCAACAGUGACUUCAAAAUGUUAAGGCAUUGCAACAGGUUCAGGGGAAACUUUGACAUCCUUUUCCCUUGAUCUAAGCGUUUCCUCACCUACAAAUAGGGGCAGAGUUGAGGGCGGGUUCCUGUUUAGGUUGGAAAGGCGGAUAUCUGUGUACAUCACUAUACUGUGUCCUAUCUUGUAAUCCUAAUUGUGCUUCUAAAUGGGAAAUAAAUGGUUAAAUCCUAUCCUUGAUCAUUUCCACAACCAAGACAGUGUCAUCCUACUCCCAGCUUCCACCUGAAUGUUUACUUCUUGGGUGUCUUGUACAGUACGUGUAUAUAUGCCUAGGCUUACAUCCGUACAGUAUGUUGUUUUGUAUCAGUUCUGUAAUUGAGAGGAAUCCACAAUUUUGUGACAUUUUUUUAAUUAAAAUGGCCAAAACCAACAGGGGAAAAUAAACAUAUGAAACCUCA